AUGUCCUCCUCGAUACUUUCGUCUUCGUCAUCGAUUAUCUCCUCCGCGACCAAAACCUACUCAACCACCAUCCCCACAGGUACUAUAUCAGCUCUCAUCGGUCAGCCACCAAAUACUACCAAUGACUAUUACAUCGUCGCCUACCUCAAUGGCGCUUUUGGAAUACACGGCAAUCCUAAUAAGGGAAUUACUAUCCCUCCUUUAGCACCACCAGGAUACGUCUACGAAUCCCGCGCUACGUCAAUUUUAAUCGGAAUGUCCGUAUCCAUCUUCUUCAUGUUCACAUUUACGCUUGUUCGUCUUCUUAUUCGUCUCCUAAAUCGCGGUUUGAGACUCGGUCUGGACGACCUCUUCAUUGUUCCCGGUGUCAUCCUCGCAAUUACGUGGCCAGUACUACAGAUUUUAGCCGUCGUAUACGGAGGAGCAGGAAAACACAUCUGGGAUGUAACGUAUGAGGAAUAUGGAUACUUUAAACGCUACACCAAUUGGUCCAAGAUAUUUUUCUUCGUAGCAGUAGGAGUGGUGAAGGUUUCCAUAUGUCUUUUCAAUCGCAGACUUACAUCCAUGACAUCGAAUAAGUGGCUCUUGUUCAACAACGUCUUUCUAGUCCUCCUGGUCAUCUAUAUCUUCGUAUCACUCUUCUGGAACAUCUUUCUGUGUAACCCCGUCUGGGGAGGUUGGGACGCAAUUAGAUUGGGGAGAGAAGGAGUUGUUGCAAAAUGCUUCCCGGUGGGAACUAUGGGAACCAUUCUGAGUACGAUUCAUGUCAUUAUGGAUUUUGGUCUCUUGGCUGUACCACUUAUUGUACUGUGGAAAGUCAAGAUGGGAUGGAGGACUAGAGGAAGAUUGUACAUUGUUUUUGCGGUGGGAGGUGUGAGUAUGAUUGGAAGUAUUCUCAGACAAAUCCAGCAGACAAAGUUGAGCUCGGAUGUUUUAUGGUCUUUCAAGUCUCUCGAAGAUUGGACACUAGUCGAUUUGACACUCGGUGUCAUUGCCGCUUCUCUGCCCGUCCUCUCAGCUAUCAUCCCAGCCAAAUGGAAAACAAUUCACACCUCUUCGUCCUAUAAAAAUCCAUCACAUCUCGGUUCUCAUCCUCUCUCCAACCCCGGAAACUACAUGCGCUCGAAAUACUCUGGAAAAAAUGGAAAAGACAUGAAGAGUGGACGAAAUAGAGGAACAAACGGCGGUACAUUUGGAGAAAGCGAGGAGAACAUUGUGAGAACGGAUGUUAUCGAGUUGAGUUUCCAAAGCAAAGGAGAUGUGGAAAGUAGAGAGGAAGCAAAGGAGGAAGGAAAUGGAGAAGGAGGAAGUGGAAGAGUCAAGAGGAGUUUCUCGAGGAAUAGAAAUCGCGGCGAUUCGAAUGAGAGAGCUGCUACGAAUAAGUUGGAUAAGGAGACGAGUGAAUGGCACGGGGCCAAAGGCCAAUAUGGCCAUAGAGUGGAAAUAAGUAGGGACGAGUGA